GGGUAGUGGCUGUAGUAUCUCGGUCAGGCGCAGUGUUCAGUGUGGUCGUGCCUCGCUUUCCUGUAGUGCCUCGCCUCGCUCCUUCCCUGCAGCUUGCCUUCAGUUGCUGCCUCACCACUGCCUGCUGCUACGCUGCAAACACAAGAUGUCUGGAAUGCCAGCCCUGUCCCACCUGCCUCCUGCUGCCCUCAACAAAACAGUGGCAAUGAAGACAGUCGACACCAGGCCAUUUGAACAAAGCUUGUCAUUGGUGCCGCCUACCCUGAGCCGUUCCUACCCAACAGAAAGUCGUGUCCUUGACUCCAUCAGAUUUCCCAACAUCUUUACAUCUGCCACUGCCACCAUGAAGACCCGCUACACACCAGCUGACUGGUCACAGAGUAACUUGGAUCACUACAGUGAUGCAGAAGCCACAAGGGGCGUCUCAGAGCGUGUGAGAGAUGAUGCUGUCAGGCUGGUGGGUUUCACAUAUGACCGCACCAACAUCGCACAGAGAGAAAGUUCGCAAAGACUUGGAGAAAGGGUGAGUGACAUCACCUUCUGGCGAAGUGAGUUGAUGCAGGAGCUGGACAGGAUGUUGGCAGAGACAAACCGGCUCAAUGACUCGCGCAGGAUGCUGGAACAUUCCCUUAAGGACACUGAGAAUCCACUCCAUGUCACAAAGGAAUGCUUGUACUUCAGGGAAAACAGGCAAGGAAUUGAUUUGGUGAGGGACCAUCCUGAGGAGUCUUUGUUGCGUGAGGUGGACAUGAUCAAAGACUGCCAGGCUCGCAUGAAGAACCUCUUGGAUCGAGUCAACCUCCAGCUGACUCGAAACCGUGCAGCACGGCAAGACUUGGAACAUGAUACGAUGAACAAGAACCAUGCCCUUGUCAUUGACUCUACACAGCACUCUCUCUACAACCACUCCCCAGCCAUCACUUACUAUCCAGGCAUUGAGAGGGUUGACAACACAGUGAGUGUCCCAGAGACCUGGGCAGAGCACACUAAUCGCAACAUUCAGCAGAGUCAGAGUGAGAGGAGUAGCUCUCAGAGGACACGGCAAGAGGUAGACAGCCUGAUAUCAGCUACACACCAAGAUAUGUGGACAUCAUGGUCUUCCUCCAAUACAGCACUAACACACAGGCUGGGCGAGAGCAAUGACACCAGGAACAAACUCCUUGGACACCGUGAUAAGGUACAACGUGAAAUGAAUGACUUGGAGCGUCACAUUGAUCUGCUCAAGAAGGCUAUUCUGGAUAAGUCUGCUCCAUUGAAGGUGGCCCACACCAGGCUGGAGGGCCGCACACACCGCCCAGAGAUGGAGCUCUGCAGGGAUCCUCCCCAACACAGGAUGGUGAGAGAAGUGCAAGAAUUAAGUGAGAGCGUGGAGUCCCUACGGAUAAAGUUGUCCGAGGCAGAGAGUUCCCUUCAUCGUUUGGCUCAGACCCGUGCCCGGCUUGACCACGACAUUGGUGUCAAGACUAACUCCCUUUACAUCGACCGUGAUAAAUGUCUCUCCAUUCGAAAGAGCUUUCCCCUGUCACAGCCACAUCUUGUUGACUUCACUCUAUACUAACAUAUCCGCUUCAGACCAUACCACACCAGAUGAUGCUCCAUCCACCAAGACCAGUAGCCAUGCUUAAGGUUUUGAUAUGGAACUAUUACCUAAACCUUGACUGUAGGCUGCUAGUUCUCAGAUCACAUAGCUGACUUUUUCACACAUCGGUGAAGGUAUGUUUCUGGUAAGUCCAUAAGACUACAUAACUUUAAAACAAUUGCAAGGCUGCUAAUCUCAUCUUGAAGCAUUAAAGACAAUCAAGGUGAAUACAGUAUACAUUGUUAGCUUGUUCACAACAUUGGGACAGUAAUAGUUCAAAACAUACAUGUGAGGCAAUGUAGCAUGCAAUUUUUUUCAGUAAACAUUCUUUACACCAGUAAAUCUUGUGAUAUUUCUUGUGUAUUUACAUCUCCAAAAAGAUUUUGAUAACAGUGAGACUUAGGAUAUACACAAUGAACUUAUUUAUUGUUUUAUUUAAGGACCACUGGCUUAAAGUAAUAAAAAGAAUUUAAGGAUGGCCAGUGAUAUGCUGAUUCUUAAAAACAAUUGUUAAAAGGAUCAUAAAAAAUUGGAGGAUAAUUGUUUUGAAACCUUCCUCUCUGUGUGGGUAGUGAGUUUUAAAAUGUAGCCAUGUACACAUGGUACAUUGACUUCCUUGAAUUAUAUGAAAUGAUGCAUCCUGUACUUGCUGUGUGAAAAAAACACAAUAUGAAAGGAUCAUGAAAAGGGAGAAUGAUUAUAGCAUAUGGAGUUAUUCCUAGACUAAUUUCCAACUGUAGGGAUAGUAACUUUUAGUGUCCUGGGACUGUCCGUUUUUACCUGUGGUGAAUAGUGGAAUUCAAUGGCUAAUAUUAACACAGCUGGCAAGAAAUCUGCUAGCUUUUAGGGAACAAAAGUUGACCAAAGCUGUAAGCAAACACUGCCACAACAUCUGACUUCCAUAUUUUGUACAUGUAGAAUGUCUUUGUAACAAUCUGUACUAUAGUUGAUAAAUCUCUUAUCUGCCUUACCAGGAGAUAGCAAUAGAUGGUGAAAGUUGAUUUGAUAAUCUUGACAAUAAUGAUGAAAUGACAGAAAUGUGUGAAGAAUAGUUGUAAUCAGAAUGACAACACUGUACACUGACAGCACUGUAUGGUAGAAAGAGUGGAAAGGUGUUACAUGCAGAAUGAUUGCACUUGUGAAAGUGAAUUAAUCUGAGGAUGAGUUACUGACUUCUAUGUACAUUGAGAGGAGGAGUUUAGACGGUUGUUUGAAAAGUGUCUUGUGUAUGUGACUGCUAGGCUAACAAGUAGGUAGUCUAAAAAGUAUGGAUUAGCUAAUACAGAAAGAUUUUAUGUAGCACAGAGAUUUGAGGCAGACUGAAUAUAAGCUUGGUCCUUGGUGAUCACCUGUAGCCUGACUGACAAUAUGUCAGAAAAACAUCCCAUUGUGGUGGUCCAGGCAUGGUCUUGCACCUACGUGAAGCUGCUUUUCAUGGAAAAUUUAGCCCGUCUUCAAGUCAAUACCUAUAGUUCAGUGAUGCUUUAAGGUUAAGCAUCAACUUUAGAAUUCUGCUUUUGUGCCUCUAUCUCUUCACAGAGGAGAUGGAUUAGCAGUGACUGUAGUUUCAGUUUUGAGAUAUAGUUUAUAUUUAGAGAGAUUUCUACCAAGCAUAGUCAUCACCAGUUUGUACUCUACCACUGUGCCUCAUGGUGAAAAAUAGUGACUUAUUCAGUGCUUUAAUGAUCCGCUGUGAUGGCACCUAACACACUAGUUAGAUGUGCACCACACACUGUUAGUAAUGAACAUCAUAGACUAAGUUGUAAUAUUACUUCUCAUGGACUCCUCAUGGAUGAAGUAAGUGAUCUUUGUUGUACACAAAAUCACCCAUGAAGGAUGUCUGUUCAUGUAGCAAUUCCAGUCCAAGUGGUUAGACUUAUCUAAGGUGUUCUGUUAUAUGGAGGAAAUAAUCUUAAGAAAUUUUUAAGCUUUUGGAUUUUGAGUGCACCAGGACUAUCUUAAUCUUGCAUUAUCUAGUUUAGUCAUCUAUAUACGCUGUAUUUUGAAAUUGUCAACAAAUAACAAUUAAAUUAU